UAAUUAAAGCAGUAUAUACCAUUUUGGUCAACUAGUACACAAUGGAUGCUCACACAUUACAGAACAUACUUCGCAGCAAGUAUAACCUCAAUGAAAAGCUUCAGGCCGAGGGCAUAUGUGUGGUCCUUCAAGGCGGCACCAUGAAAGCGAAUGGUCUGUUCAGUAUUGGGAUUGGUGAGAGGUUCGUAGUCGUCGCCGGCGUCAACCCCCGCGGACCAGAUAUCGACUACAAUCCAGUGUCUUUCACUCCAGUAGGUAUGCUCAGUGUCACAUACAAAAAUGCCAGCAUGAUUGUAACAAUCUCCAGUCAGCUCAAAGGCGAGAAUUCCUUUCAGCUAUGCAGCAGUAGCAAGGCCGCCGCAAUAUGGAAGGAUUUCAUCACCGCCAUUGAUUACCAGGCGUCUAAAUUAAGCGGCGACAUUUGGUGCAGCGCGUCACUUAGUGUUUCAUCAUCAUCAUCAUCAUCAGACGCCUCUGUGAAUGCAAAACAUGAAGAUACGUAUCAGAGGGGCUUCAUAGGCCGGACCCUUCUCAAAGACAGAUGUCUGUCUCCGCAAAGGUUUCCCAUGGCAGAUAGAAGUGUGUAUUUCAGGUACACAAUGGAUGCUUACACAUUACAGAACAUACGUCGCAGCAAGUAUAACAUCAAUGAAAAGCUUCAGGCCGAGGGCGUAUGUGUGGCCCUGCAAGGCGGCCCCUUGAAAGCCAAUGGUCUAUUCAGUAUCGGAAUUGGUGAGAGGUUCGUAGUCGUCGCCGGCAUCAACCCUCGCGGACCAGAUAUCGACUACAAUCCAGUGUCUUUCACUCCAGUAGGUAUGCUCAGCGUCACGUACAAAAAUGCCAGCACGAUGGUAACAAUUUCCAGUCCGCUCAAAGGCCAGAAUUCCUUUCAGCUACGCAGCAGUAGCAAGGCCGCCGCUAUAUGGAAUGAUUUCAUCACCGCCAUUGAUAACCAGUCGUCUAAAUUAAGCGGCGACAUUUGGUGCAGCGCGUUACUUAGUGCUUCAUCAUCAUCAUUAGACGCUUCUGUGAAUGUAAGACAUGAGCAUACGUAUCAGAGGACCUUCAUAGGCCGGACCCUUCUCAAAGACAGAUGUCUGACUCCGCAAAAGUUUCCCCCGGCAGACAGAAGUGUGUAUUUCACGUACACCAUGGGUGCGCACACAUUACAGAAAAUACUUCGCAGCAAGUAUAACCUUAAUGAAAAGCUUCAGGCCAAGUGCGUAUUUGUGGCCCUUCAAGGCGGCACCAUGAAAGCCAAUGGUCUGUUCAGUAUCGGGACUGGUGAGAGGUUCGUAGUCGUCGCCGGCAUCAACCCCCACGGACCAGAUAUCGACUACAAUCCUGUGUCUUUCACGCCAGUAGUUAUGCUCGGUGUCACGUACAAAAAUGCCAGCACGAUUGUAACAAUCUCCAUUCCGCUCAAAGGCAAGAAUUCCUUUCAGUUAUGCAGCAGUAGCAAGGCCGCCGCUAUAUGGAAGGAUUUCACCACCGCAAUUGAUUACCAGGCGUCUAAAUUACUCGGCGACAUUUGCUGCAGCGCGUCACUUAGUGUUUCAUCAUCAUCGUCCGACGCUUCUGUGAAUGUAAAACAUGAGGAUACGUAUCAGAGGGAUUUCAUAGGCCGAACCCUUCUCAAAGGAAGAUGCCUGUCUCCGCAAAGGUUUCCCACGGCAGACAGAAGUUUCAGCUCUAUUUCUUUGCCCGAUAUGGUAUGUGGACCAACCGAUGCCAAGCACGUGGCGUGCCUUCAGCAUGUUAAGAGAGGUCACAGUUUGGACUGUGUCAACGUGUCAUUGGACAGCUUCAUCAAUGAUAAUGAUACAAACCGAAAUGCAGCAAUGAAACAGGUAGACUUUACUGCGACCGAUACAGUUAUUGGGAAAAAUUACGGCCAACUUACCGACGAGCGACGGACGGAUAUGUCAAGCAAGCAGCCCAGUUUACUUGAGAGGUUCCUGCGCUUGUUUACCUGCUGUGUAAGCAAGCAUUGAUUGUUUUUAGAAUUAAUCUAUGAUAUUUUACUCGAGAAAUCACAUUUUUACAUUGUUGUUUAUGGCAAUAAAUGAAUUGCAUGAAUAAGA